CUCUGUAGCCUGUCGCGGACCUGAGGACGCCUGCGCCAGCCUGCGCCGCUCCGGGCGGGUUCCUCUGCCACCGCGGUGGUGCUUGGCGUGCGGUUGUUGUGACAGCGCGGUGACGGCGCACGUGUGACAGUGUGUCUGUGUGUGUGUUGGUGCCAUAGAGCUUCGCUCCACAGAAGACGCCGUCGUCGCCUCCGGCGCCCUCCCGCGAGUGAGUCGCGGGUCAGCCAUUCGGCCGGACCUGCAGGACCCCCGGCACCCGGUCUGAGCCCCCCAGAUGCUGACGCGAUGAGGACGGCCGGCAGUGGAUCUCCAUACCUCUUAGUCAGCUGAUCACAGCGGACGCGAUGCCGUCCUCCGGCGCUCCCCAGGGCGCAUGGGAGCUCAACACCAUGGAGAGGAGGUACUCGGUGCCGCCCGGCUCGCACCACCGGUCCUCCACCGGCAUGGCGCCGCACAUGGGCUACCACGAGCCGCCCUCGUCGGGCCCGCCCCUCGGGCCCCCGCCGCCGGCCGGCCCCCCGCCGCCCCCGCGCCCGCACCACCACCAGCGCUCGCACUCGGGCCUCGCCAUCCCCUCCAACUCGGAGGACCUGCACGCCUGGUCCAUCUACCGCCAAAACCUCAACUCGGACUUCACCGACUCGGCGCUCGGCUCGAGCGAAAAGUCCCCGCUGCCGUAUGGUAACUUCCAGCUACGCGACUCCACAGUCCACUCGAUUCUGAGCCACCCGAGAUACGGGCCAAAGUGA